AUGACCAGAGCCUGGCGUUGGCUGGCGACUCUUCGACCCCUCCUGGUUCUCCAUGCAGCAUUGUUGCGCCGUUGGAAAGGUUGUCUCUUGUCCUUCCUUUCUGGAACCACUCCGGGGGCCACGCCCCUCUUCGAGACCAGCCCAUCUUUGCAGAUCAAGCCUCUGGCCCACGGCUUUCACACACUCGUUACCCCACGGCUUGCCGCAUUCGGACGUGUUUUCGAGAUUCCAGACGCAGAGCUGUGGCGGAGGGGGUGGGAGCGAGACAAGACCAGUCAAGCGAUGAGCGCUGCUCGUCAGCCACCCAAGUGGACGGGUCGAGAAAGGAGGACACCCUCUCCGCGCGCUUGUUACCGAAUCGAAGCCCUCCCCGCAUGCGUGUUUUACGCCGUCGAAACCGACUUGGAAUUCUUCUCGAACGCUUAUGGCAGCGUGCAGGAGCUCAAACAGUUGCAUCCACGACAACCAUCAACGUCUGGCCCGGAAUGCUUGAGACCACUUCCAGUCAGAGUGUCUGCGCGGCUCGAGGCGAGUGUGGUGCGGGACCAGUCCCCACCAUCAAGCAACUCGCCUGUGGGAACAGCUUGUGUAAUGUCAACUCCGCAUGAUAUUGGGGGUCACCUAUAUCAAGCGUUGGCGCUCCACAGCUCCGGUCUCGCCAUUACACCGUAUCUCUCGCGGCCGCUCGCGGAGACCAUCCGGGCAGCAGGAUAG